GUAUGAGUGCAGUAACACGAGAUUGCUGAGCAGGGAGCUGGACGACUGCGCUCCCCUACGUACGAGACAUUUUAAUUUCCUCUCUGAUAACUUGAGAAACUAGUAUCAUGGUGUGAGUUUAUGAACGAAUGCCCUUCAAAAUAAAAGCAACAAUGAAGAUACUUUAAUAAUAUGGUAUUAACAUUGUAGACUCAACCUUUGUACAUGUGGUGUGUGUGUGUGCGUGUGUGUGUGUGUGUGUGUUUUGCAGGAUCAUGUCACCAGGACACCUGUAUGUUCCUGCCUCUGCUGGACAGGCGCGCUCCGGUCAAUCCCACCACCAUCAGCCACUCGGUGUCCUGGAGCUCCUCUCUGGCCAACAGCUUCCCGUCUGGAGACCUGGAGACGGACAGCGACCAGCUCUCCGGCAUGCACACCAGCAUCAGCGAGAUCCUGAAGGAGAAGAGCCUGAAGCCGUCUCGCCGCAGCCUGCCCUGUCUGGCCCAGAGUCAGACUCAUCCGAUCAACCUCAACCACUGCCUGUCUGUGCCUCUGAGCCCGGAGCUCAAACCAGAAGCUGAGGCUCUGAGUCAGAGCCUCAGCACUUCCUGCAGCCUCCUGCCCCCGCAGACAGAUGAGGGAAAGGAUCAGUACGAGGAGGAGUCAGAGGUGACGACGUGUGAAACGAGGGCAGACAAGUCCUUCCUGCUCCAAAAGCCUGUCACCCGGGUUAAACUAGAGGCCCGUGCUGAUUCACGUAAGGGAAAGAAUCGAGCUCGGCACUCUGGGCUGUUGUUCCGAGAUGGGAAAAAGCACGUUGACUACAUUCUGGUUUACAAGAAGUCCAGUCUCCAGGUGGAAAAGAGGUGCACCUUCGAGAAGAAUCUCCGUGGUGAGGGUCUAAUGCUGGAGAAGGAGCCCUCGUUGACGAACAACGACAUCAUGUUUGUGAAGGUCCACGCUCCUUGGGAUACGCUUUGUAAAUAUGCAGAGCAGAUGAACAUCCGAAUGCCUUUCAGGAAAAAAUGUUACUUUACGGACUGGAAGAGCAAAACCUUGGGGAGCAGAUUUCUUCUGAGAUGUCGUCAGAUAAAAAGCUGGCUUCCCAGAAAUCCCAUGAAGUUGGACAAAGAGGCCUUGCCUGACCUGCAGGAGAGCAACUGCUACACAGCCCCCUUCAGCAGAGCUCGCAUCCAUCACUUCACAAUCAACAAUAGAGGGACCUUCUUUUCCAAUUCCACCAGAAGCAGAAUAGUUCAUCAUGUGCUGCAGCGCACCAAGUAUGAGGAUGGAAAAUUAAAGAUGGGUAUCACCCGGUUAUUGGGCAACAACACAUAUGAGGCUGCAUUUCCUCCUCAUGAGGGUGGUUACGAGAGCAGACACCCAAUCAAGACGCACGGUGCCCAGAACCACAGGCAUCUUCUGUAUGAGCGCUGGGCCCGCUGGGGAAUCUGGUACAAAUACCAGCCUCUAGACCUCAUCAGGCGCUACUUUGGGGAGAAAAUUGGUCUUUACUUUGCAUGGUUGGGCUGGUACACCGGCAUGCUGAUCCCUGCCGCCCUGGUCGGUGUUUUUGUCUUCCUCUAUGGUCUCUUCACGAUGGACUCCAGCCAAGUCAGUAAAGAGAUUUGUGAAGCCGAAAACACCACCAUGUGUCCUAUGUGUGAGGAGGAUACCUGUGAUUCGUGGAACCUCAGUGACAGUUGUGUCUACGCAAAGGUGACCCAUCUGUUUGACAAUGGCGGCACUGUGUUCUUUGCCAUCUUCAUGGCUAUUUGGGCCACCGUAUUCCUGGAGUUCUGGAAAAGGAGGAGGGCAGAACUGACUUAUGACUGGGAUCUCAUCGAUUGGGAGGAGGAGGAGGAGGAGUUGAGGCCUCAGUUUGAAGCCAAGUACUCCAGGGUGGAGAGAGUUAACCCCAUCUCUGGAAAGCCCGAGCCUUUCCAGCCUCUCUCAGAUAAGCUCAGCCGGCUCUUGGUUUCUGUGUCUGGAAUUUUCUUCAUGAUUUCCCUCGUUCUCACAGCAGUGUUUGCCGUGGUGGUUUUCCGUCUCAUCGCGAUGGAGAAGUUUUCUUCCUUCGACUGGAAAUUUCUCAAAAAGAACUGGCAGUUUGCGACUUCUGGCACCGGCGUCUGUAUCAACUUUAUGAUCAUCAUGUCUCUCAACGUGGUGUAUGAAAAGGUGGCCUAUCUGCUGACAAAUUUAGGUGAGCCUUGCCCACAUGCUGCAGGUGUCUAUACAUUCAUUAUCUCUUGCCUCCCAAGCAGGAUUUUCUCCAUGUCCACCCCAAACGACCUCUGUUUCCCCGCCCCCCCCCUCUCAGAGCACCCACGGACAGACUCUGAGUGGGAGAACAGCUUUUCUCUGAAGAUGUUCCUGUUCCAGUUUGUAAAUUUGAACAGCUCCACAUUUUACAUCGCUUUCUUUCUUGGAAGGUUUGCUGGAAGGCCUGGAAAAUACAAUAAACUCUUUAAUCGAUGGAGACUGGAGGAGUGUAACCCGAGUGGCUGUUUGAUUGACCUCUGCCUGCAAAUGGGAGUCAUCAUGUUCUUCAAACAAAUAUGGAACAACUUCAUGGAACUCGGUUAUCCUUUGCUGCAGAACUGGUGGUCUCGUAGGAAGAUGAAAAAAAGAGGUGGUGGAGAGCCGAAUGUGGAGAGUAAAGCUCAGCUUCAACAGUGGGACGAAGACUGGAAUCUGCAGCCCAUGAACGCCCAUGGACUGGUGGACGAGUACCUUGAAAUGGUGCUCCAGUUUGGCUUCACGACCAUCUUUGUGGCGGCGUUCCCGCUGGCUCCUCUCCUGGCGCUCCUCAACAACAUUAUUGAGAUUCGUCUCGACGCCUACAAGUUUGUCACUCAGUGGAGGAGACCCAUGCCUGCCCGAGCCACUGACAUAGGUAUCUGGCAUGGGAUUCUUGAAGGUAUUGGCGUGCUGGCAGUGAUCACCAAUGCCUUCGUCAUCGCCAUCACCUCAGACUACAUCCCCCGCUUUGUUUUCGCCUUCAAAUACGGCCCGUGUGUUGGCAAGGGACGCCACUAUGAGGAUGAAUGUUUGCGAGGUUACGUGAACAGCAGCCUGUCUGUGUUUGAGAUGAGGAAGAAGAACAGCAGCCAGUCCACCUUCUGCAGGUACAGAGACUACAGAGCGCCGCCCUGGGGCCCAGAGCCCUACAAAUUCACCCUGCAGUUCUGGCACGUCUUGGCUGCCAGGCUGGCCUUCAUCAUCGUCUUUGAGCACCUGGUGUACGGGAUCAAGUCCUUCAUCGCGUACCUCAUUCCGGACAUACCCAAGGAUCUCUGUGAUCGUAUGAGGAGGGAAAAGUACCUGAUGCAGGAGAUGAUGUACGAGGCAGAACUGGAUCACCUGCAGAAGGAGAAGAAGAAGAACGGACGGCAUUAUCACCACGAGUGGCCUUAGCGUUUCCGCCACGUCUCCACCUCCAUGCGGCACAACCUCCCCCUGCCUGCUUCUUCAUGUAUUUUAGCUUUGAGACUCUGGCUUCACUCGGCUGAUUCUGUACACCAAAGACACUCUCUUCUGGAAACCAGACCCCCCCCCCCAAAAAAACCUGCCUGGCGUCAGCCUCGGAACCUGACCACUCCCUCGCCAUCUGUUUCGCGUCCCGCAUUGGCGCCGCUCCUGGUUUCAUGCUCUGCCCCGCCCCCGACGCCUCACCUGGCUUCAUCCAGCAGGUCGCCCUCGGGUCAGUACUGUUCCAUGGGGAGGGGGGGGGAAUCCUGUGCAAGUGUAAUGUUUACUAUGCAGAUCAAGGGCUGCAGUUCACCACUGUUCACUCUUGGCACCCAUCCUGCCCUCUCUCUCUCUCUCUCUCUCUCUGUGGGAGCUACAGCUGCAGCAUGGCCCUGGUUUUCUCACGUGAGCAUCAGCAGAGCCACCGUUCUGCCGGUCGUACUGCAUGUGACGGAGCUCCUGGCACCAAGCGGGUCACGUUGCAAAAGAGACUCUGGUGAUGUGGCUCCGAGAUACAAUGGACACUGUUCUCGCAAAGCGACUGUAUAUUGCCCUCGAUGCAUGCCGAUUCAUAUUUGCAGCAAGAAAAGAAAAAAAGAAAAAUAAUGACGACAUCAUUUAUUGUGGAGGCUGUGAACAUCCAUUCAGUGCGUUGGACAAAGACACCUCUAUGACAUUCUAUACAAUGCAUGUUAGUAUUGCUUUGUACCUUUUGAUAGACAAAGGCCCCGUCUCGAUGCCUGGUUCACGUGUGUCUGUACUCGCUGUGUGUUCGUCUCUGUCUGUGCUACUGCUGAGCUUGGCUCGUUUUGAGUUGAGGAAAUGUGAACUUCGUGAGAUUUCAUCGUGCCUACAGUUGUGCGCAUCGCAACGGUGUCACCAACAUCGCGUGUGCCUGUUUGUGCUGCACGUGCAACUUCAAGUGCAAGAAAUAUUCUCUCUCGUCGUCUUUUUGUGUGAUCUUCUGUAAACUCUCUGAACUCUCCGUUUGGGAUUUGUUUUGGAGGCGAGUCACACCGCACUACCUACUCGGGUCUCAGCCAAUGGCUCGGAUACACGGCAGACGUUGUAAUGCGACUCCCCUUCAUGAACAAUGUAUACAUUCGCAUGCAGGAGCCGCAAAUAUGCUCUUCCGUUGUGUGCUUGCGGGCUGGUUUUCAUUUGUUGUUGGAGGCCCUGACGCGUGGUUAGAGCUUGGAGGACUUCGACAUACCUGUGGCUUGGAUGUUCAGCUUGCAAAGAAACAUCCAUCCACUGCUCCUCAGGCAUAAAGAGCACCGACGUACUUCACAGGAAAUGAUGUUUGGUUGAAUGCACAGUCAUGACCUUUUAUUGUGGUAAGUCAUGUCAUGGAGCAGGAUGUGCUUGAGAAGGCGGGGAAAAGAGUCGGCACGAGCGACAUCUCCAUCUGUGAGGCUGAGUCAGAGGCCUCACCACUUCCUGUUGCAUUCGUGUUGAGAUGGAGAGCUGCUGAGUGAACAGCACUCAUGAGGUGGGUUGUGUUUUGUAGAUGAGUGGAGGUUUAGAUUACGUUGAUCAUAUGAGAGGAAAUACGAUUUUGUAUCCAAUAUCCAUGAGUUACAGCAAUCUAACAACUAAAGAUACAUUGCUAACCUGAAUGCAUUGCAGACCGCUGAAAAAAAUCAUUUUACAAAAAUUGCAUAUUUAUUUGUUUAUUUUGUUGUUCUUUGUAUGCAUUUUAUGAUGUAUGUGAUAUUUUUUAUACUUUUAAUGAUGUGCUACCAGUAUGAGUUCACCCGUUUUCUCCAUCAGAUAAACAAAGUAUACGUCCACAUUUCUCAGGUGUCCUCCGGAUGUUUUAUAUUUUAUAAGAUGCAAUCAAAGGUGUCCUGCUUUUUAAGAGAUAUAUUUUUGCACUGCAGUGCGUUUGCAUGACCAUGAUGCAGAAUCGCAGUUCAAAGCAUGUUUGAUUUUUCUUUGCGUAAUCACAGUCAGUGUAUUGGAGCAGAUCAGAAAGCACACAGUUCCGUAUGGAGACAUAUGAUGCAGGUUGUUGGUUCAGUAAUGAUGUGACCAGUGAAAAUCUAUGCAUGUUGUUAUCCUUGAGUUUUGAACAGACGUUAAUGUGCUGGUAUGUUUGUACGGUGGCGUGUGCAUGACCUAACGCCUGCUUCGAGCAGAGCUAACUUCUGUCAACUUGUUAACAGCGUCUUAAACAUAUCACCUCGUUUUUCAGUGUUUACCCUCUUCGAAAGUCCAAACAAGACAUGAUGCUCCUUGAUGUGACCGAAUUUUAAACUGUAAGAGUUUUUUCUCUAAAUUAGAGCUUGGACUCCAGACUGAUUGAUAUAAUCUGACCUGGACUGAAUUUCAUGGGGAGUCUGAUCAAACUGAAUAUGUGAAUCCUCCGAUUUGCCCUGUUUGAACACUUCAAAGGGAAUCAGAAUGGGAUAUGGGUCCUUAUGAAUUAAUAUGACCAUGGAUUUUUGACUUAACCAGCUACUAUUCUUUUCCCUGUUAUCUCUCUGAGAGCAAAGGUUCAUCCUCUCAUGAACACUAAUACUGCACAGUGCUGGAAAGGCUGCCUUCAUGCCUUCUGCUGUUGGCGAUAGCACAAUAUGGGAACUGCAUAAUAAGUAAUAAUGGCAUGACCUUGCACAUCUCUGAAAAUAUAGCAGUCUACGGGGGGAUUAAGCUUUCUGUUCUAUGCUACGCCUCGAAUACGAUUGUGCUUGAGCGAGUGAUGUACUUGACGUUGAAGCACAGUGACGUAAGACCUUAUAUUUAACUGUACAAUCGGGUUGUAUCAGUCGUGACAUGAAGUGUAUCAAUAACAUUGUUUACUUCGUUCCUGUUUACAUGUAAAAACAUCUUGAAAUGUGUAAAAAUAAUGUAACAUAAAAUAAUUUGGAUAUCACUUUUCUGUAAUAAACCAUGGAUUGUAUCUUUUAAA